AUGGGUCAAGAGCUGUGUUCAAAUGCUCUCCAGCCAGGAUGCAGCUGUUAUCGCUCAGAGGGAAGAGAUGCCCGCAGCUGCCGAAGGAGUCAGCCUGUGGCAGUGGAUUCUGCUUUAGAGCUAACAGACCUAAGAGAAGCAUCAUGCUCCAUGACUUCACUGCACCCCAAGGGAUCACAUGCAUCCCAGGCCCGGAAGUUUAGGAAUAAAAGGCCAAGGAGCAACAGCGAUUCUUUCCAAGAAAAGGACCUUGAACAAGGUUUUCCAUGGAGGAAGAGCCUUCCUUUCGGAGCUGCCUCAUCAUACUUGAAUUUGGAAAAGCUAGGUGAAGGCACUUAUGCCACAGUCUACAAGGGGAUCAGCCGGAUAAAUGGUCAACUUGUGGCUUUAAAAGUCAUCAGCAUGAAUACCGAAGAGGGGGUGCCUUUCACUGCCAUUCGAGAAGCCUCCCUCCUGAAGGGUUUGAAGCAUGCCAAUAUUGUGCUCCUGCAUGACAUUAUCCACACCAAAGAGACCCUGACUUUUGUUUUUGAAUACAUGCAUACUGACCUGGCCCAGUAUAUGUCUGAACAUCCAGGAGGUCUUCAUCCUCACAAUGUCAGGCUCUUCAUGUUUCAACUUUUGCGGGGCCUGGCUUAUAUCCACCAUCAACACAUUCUUCACCGGGAUCUGAAACCUCAGAACUUACUCAUCAGUUAUCUUGGAGAACUCAAAUUAGCUGAUUUUGGUCUUGCUCGGGCUAAGUCCAUCCCCAGUCAGACAUACUCUUCGGAAGUAGUAACACUCUGGUAUCGUCCUCCAGAUGCGUUGCUAGGAGCCACAGAAUAUUCCUCUGAUUUGGAUAUCUGGGGUGCAGGCUGCAUCUUUAUUGAAAUGCUCCAGGGCCAACCUUUAUUUCCUGGAGUUUCUGAUAUCAUUGAACAACUAGAGAAGAUCUGGGCGGUAUUGGGGGUCCCUACUGAAGAUACUUGGCCGGGAGUUUCCAAGCUGCCUAACUAUAAUCCAGAGUGGUUCCUGCUGAGUAAGCCCGAGAGUCUUCAGGUCGUCUGGAACAGGUUAGGCAGGAUUCCAGGAGCUGAAGACCUGGCCUCUCAAAUGCUCAAAGGCUUCCCACGAGAUCGGGUCUCUGCCCAAGAAGCUCUUGCCCAUGAUUAUUUCAGUACCCUACCAGCUGAGCUACACCAGCUUCCAGAUGCGGAGUCUUUGUUUACGGUUCCAGGAGUAAGGCUAAAACCAGAAAUCUGCAACCUCCUGGCCUCCUACCAGAGAAGUCAUCACACAGCUCGAUUUAGCAAGUGCUGGUGA